AUGCAGUUCUCCAACCUCGUCACCAUCCUCUCCUCCAUCGCCGCCGCGGCCGCCGUCUCCGUCUCCUACGACACCGGCUACGACGACGGUUCCCGCUCCCUGACCGCCGUCUCCUGCUCCGACGGCGCCAACGGCCUCAUCACAAAGUACGGAUGGCAGAACCAGGGCCAGGUCGCAAAGUUCCCCUACAUCGGUGGCGCUGACGCCAUCGCCGGCUGGAACUCCCCCAACUGCGGCACCUGCUGGCAGCUCACCUACAACGGCAAGAGCAUCAACGUUCUCGCCAUCGACCACGCUGGCUCCGGGUUCAACUUGGCUCUUGGCGCCAUGAACGACCUCACCAACGGCCAGGCUGCUCAGCUUGGCCGCAUUGAUGCCCAGGCUACCCAGGUCGGCCUUGACGCCUGUGGUUUGUAA